CUACUUUUCUUAAAGCCCAAGUGAAUCUUCCCCGUUAAGAAAAUCCUGAAAAGUUACACAAGCUGGAUGAGCUCCUAGCCUACCCCUACUAGUCAAGGCGUCUGCGCAGCUAGCAUCGCAAAGCUACCCGCCCUUUUCCACCAAAAAUGAAGGUGGAGAUUCCGAAGAGCAUCUUGACCGUCCAAUUGAAUGAAUUCGAAAAUCACUGACGCCUCCCUUGCAAGUGGGCCACACAAUCCUCCACUACCCCCAACUUACCAACCAAGUAUCCCUGCAACCUAUCUUCCUCUGAUCUCAUCGAGUCUGAUCACUCCCAUCUCAUCACCCGCGGGUCUCCUUAGCCCUUCUUUCAUCCCUUCCCGUUUAUAUUAAAAAUUAAAAAUAUUUGAAAAACAAAAACCAUCGACGCACCAAAACUCAACUGCAACCUCCCUCCUUUUUCUUCAUCUUCAUCAACGCAUGUUCCCGGUGCUCCGGUUCCCUUAACGGAGCCCAAGCUCAACACCCACCCGAAUCUCUAUCCCUUUCUGAACUCACCAAUUUUUCAUUAUUCCAAAAAUCCUUUAAUUUUCCAUUGCCCCUUUGCGGAUCUUUUUUUGUUUUUUAUUUUUUAAAAUGUCAAAACAGAGGAGCAAAAUCGGCGCAUGGGCAGCCGAUGCGGAGCAAGCCGAGGAAGAGGAGCGUGCAGCCGUUGCAGCAGCCGUUUCUCAAAGUUCCCCUAAACUGAAAGAAGUUGCCGGAACCGCUAAGAGUAAAAAGAAGAUAAUGUCUCUAAAUGAAUUCCACUCCACGUCCUCCGGCGGCGGUUUUGAAUCCAGAGGAUUGACUCCGGACGAGAGGUUCCGCCUCCCUACCGGUCCAAAAGAGCGUUCCGAAGAAGAAAUGCAGUAUGGACGCCUCGGCAGUGGAUUUUCCAAUUAUGGUCGAACUGGGCCGCAGCCUGGACGUAUGCGUGAUCGUGAAGACAGCGAUGGAUCUUGGGGAGGUGGUGGUGGUGGUAGAAGGCAAUUUGGUGGCGGUUAUGAUGAUGAUCGGAGAGGUCCAUCUUCUUCUAGGGUUUCUGAUUACGAUCAGCCUUCGCGUGCUGAUGAGGUUGAUAAUUGGGCAAUGGCUAAGAAACCACUGCCUUCAUAUGAUUCUGGACGACAAAGCCGUUACGGUUCACUCGGCGGUGGAGGCGGUGGCGGUGGUUUUGGAGGUGGUUCUAGAGCUGAUGAAGUUGAUAAUUGGGCGGUUGGUAAAAAGCCGUUAUCUACUCCAUCUUCGACUUUUGGUUCGGGUUUUCGUGAUUCUGGGCCGGAGUCUGAUCGCCGGAGCAGAGGAGCAUACCGUGAGCUGGAGAGGGAGAGGCCUAGAUUGGUUUUCGAUUCACCAAGUGGUGAAGUUGGAGUUAACGAGCCUGUGAAAUUGGACAGGCCAAAUCCAUUUGGAACAGCGAGGCCGAGAGAAGAUGUAUUGGCAGAGAAAGGAUUGGAUUGGAAGAAGCGGGAGAUGGAAAUAGAAGCUAAGAAGACUAUGAGCUUACAAUCUAGCAGGCCAACUAGCGCGCAUUCUAGCAGACCUUCUAGUGCGCAAUCGAGUAGGUCUGAAGGGCUAGGGCUGCAGCAACAAGGAUUUGAGAAUGUGGCUGUGAAGCCAAGGCCGAAAGUGAAUCCUUUUGGAGAGGCAAAGCCCAGGGAGCUUUUGUUGCAGGAAAGAGGUCAGGAUUGGAGAAAGAUUGACCGUGAGUUGGAGCAUCGUGGUGUAGAUAGGCCUGAAACUGAAGAGGAAAAAUUAUUGAAAGAAGAAAUAGAGCAUUUGAAGAAGGGGCUUGAGAAAGAACUCACAACAAAAGGGAACCAGGAAUCUCCACGAGGUUCUGCUGACAACAUACCCAGUUUAAGGGAGAUGAUAUCUGAGAAAGAAAGGGAUUUAGAAAUUUUGGUCCUUGAUUUGGAUGACAAAGUUCGAUUUGGAUCAAAAGCCAUUGAAAGGCCAGGUUCAGGGGCAGGCAGGGCUUCUGGGUUUUCAGAGAGACCUCCUUCUAGAUCUGGGUCAUUUGACGAGUCUAGAAAUAUGGAGUUAAUGGAUAGGCCUCGAUCUCGUGGCAAGCCAGAUAUUUGGACAAGGCCUGUUGAUGACCGAAGAGCAUUUCAAGGUGGAAGGGAAAGAGGAUUUCUUGGUAGCAGAGAUUUUGACAGGCUGCGGACGGAAGAUAGAUGGUGCUCCACCACCACUUGGAUAACGAGUAACAGAGACAGGGUUUCCUUAACAGAAUGAAGAGAACUUCCUCCGGUUCAUCAUUGAUGACUCCUCAGGUGCUGCUGCACAUGUCGGACUCAUCUGAAUAGCGGGUCACACUGAGAGUGUGUACGUACUAUCGCCUGGUAUGCCAGAUUUAGGUCGGAUUUUGCAUCGGAAUAUUCCUGGGGACUUUUAGAUCAGCUGUGUGUCCAUUCGUGAUCGAGAGCAAAAUGCCUCCAUAUCAUGCAAUAUGGGAGCAAGAGCGUAACUAAGUGGAUGCCAAAAGUUCAGAAGCAUCAAGGUUGAAUUGGAGUAGAUGCAAGAGUGCUAUUUCCAACUUUAAUUCUAGCCAUAGACAUGUGUGUUCACAAUAUUUUGUAAGGGAAUGUUAGUGUGUGUUUUCAUUGUAAAUAUGCUUGUCUGGUUCAUGGAAACCCACCCAACUUCACUGUUGUGUGGCGAUGUGUGGAUGAAUGAAGUGUUAAAAUAAAAGGUAGAAUAAAAGUUUUUAAUGGUUGAA